AGUUUGGCGAGAAAACGGACUGUCAAGCUUUCCUAACAUUACUUUUGACUUUCCUUUCUUUGUUGCUUUACUUCGGACUUUCAAGACUACAACAGAGGUUAAACUACUAUCAAAUUGACAAAAAAUACUUUGUCAGAGUCUGUGGGUAUUUUUGUGACAAUAACAGUGAGCAAACUGACUGUUGCUCACUGUUAGCAAACCAGCUAAUAAUAAGGAUAUUAGCUGGUUUUAGCAUCCUUUUCUGGCUGUGGAGGUACACUUUUCUUUCUUUUUUAGAGCCAAACACACAGGGACCAGUCAGCUUUCUUUAUAAAUGAUUGUUUAAUUAGUUAAAGACACCAUGAUAGCCUCCCCAGCUGCGUUAUGUUCAGACUGACUGGUGUUUUCAGAGCAUUACGCAGGACUGUCUGCGGUGGAGCCGACGACAUGCCGAAGGGCAAGUUUUACUUUGCUGUGAGGAAAGGCUUCAAACCAGGAGUGUACAGCACAUGGGAUGAAUGUAAGGGCCAGGUGGACAAAUUCCCCGCUGCCUCUUUCAAGAAGUUUGCAUCAGAGAAAGAUGCCUGGGCGUUCUUCAGAGGAGUCGACCCCUCUCCAGUUCCACAGGUGAAGAAAGUUUCUCAGAGCCUGCACUCGGCCCUCUCUCUGCUCCCUAAAAGAGGUCCGGAGCCUCUGGAGUACAUCGCUCUCGGGAAGAAGAGAAGUCACUCGGACGAGGACGCACAGACACGUCCCAAACGAGUAAAACCGUCAGAAAGCUCGGCUGCAGUAAGCUCUGACGGAUUCACAUACAUGGGCGAUGCUGUUGUUGUUUACACCGACGGCGGCUGCACAGGAAACGGACAGAAAGGAGCAAAAGCUGGCAUCGGAGUUUACUGGGGCCCCAACCACCCACUAAAUGUGGCAGAUCCUCUGGAGGGAAGACAAACCAACCAGCGGGCAGAAAUACAAGUGAGCAUCUUCCCCUCACACAUAUUUCUACUACAUACACUUUUUGUAUCUUAGUAACUUAUUUUACCCAGAAGGAGGAUUUAAGUCACUAGUUGCUGGAUCUUAAGUUUGCAAGGGAAACCUGUUGAGCAUUUGUUAGCGGUUAGCUUGAAGCCUUUUGAGCAUUUGUUAGCGGUUAGCUUGAAGCCUGUUGAGCAUUUGUUAGCGGUUAGCUUGAAACCUGUUGAGCAUUUGUUAGCGGUUAGCUUGAAGCCACUCACUCCUGUUUCGGAAAAAACACUAAUAUUAAACUUGAAAAUACUAAUUAUUUUCCGGAUUCAUCGUUUGGUCUUUAAAAUGUUAUAAAAUUGUUCAAAUAUGUCCAUUGUAGUUUCUCAACUCACAGCUAUGGCUUUAAAAUGUCUUGCUUUUUCAGUCCAAAUCCCACAAAUAUUUACUUUAACGUGAUAAAGAAAACCGGGAUAAGCAGGAAAUAUCAAUAUAUAAAUCUGAAAACAGCAUCAUGGGACAUUUGUGUGUGAAAAAGUACAUCAAUCUAAAUAGUUUUGGAGUGUUUUUCUAUCAAUUUAGCUGCAGCUCUAGUAGACAUCUGAAUCUUAAGUUAUCUGAGAAACUACCUGAGCAUUCGUUAGCUUGUAGCUUCUCACUCCUGUUGAAACUAUUGGAUUCAUUUAGUUGUUGUUCACCAAAGUGGAUAAAACAGUUCUG